AUAGUUAGAUAGAUAGAUAUAUCUUAAAAAGAGAAGAGAUCACACAGGUAGAGGAGAGGAAAACGACCUAUUUUUUCCUUGAGCAGAAGGGGCUAGAAAGUUAGAAUUAGACAAGUAUAAAGGUUGUGAAAUAAAGAGAGAAAGAAAACAAGGAGACAUGGGAAGGCCACCUUGUUGUGACAAAGAAGGUGUCAAGAAAGGUCCUUGGACACCUGAAGAAGAUAUCAUAUUGGUCUCUUAUAUACAGGAACAUGGUCCUGGCAAUUGGAGGGCUGUUCCCACCAAAACAGGAUUGUCAAGAUGCAGUAAGAGUUGUAGACUUAGAUGGACGAAUUACCUGAGGCCAGGAAUCAAACGGGGUAACUUCACAGAACAAGAGGAGAAGAUGAUAAUCCAUCUUCAAGAUCUUUUAGGAAACAGAUGGGCUGCCAUAGCUUCAUACCUUCCACAAAGAACAGAUAAUGACAUAAAAAACUAUUGGAACACCCAUUUGAAAAAGAAGCUCAAGAAAUUGCAAACAGGUUCUGAAGGCAACUUGGGAGAAGGGUUUUCAACAUCACAACCAAUUCCUAGAGGUCAGUGGGAAAGAAGGCUCCAAACUGAUAUCCAUAUGGCCAAGAGAGCUCUUAGUGAAGCACUUUCACCAGAGAAACCAUCUUGUUUAUCUGUAUCAAACCCUUCCAAUAGUAGCUUCUUCUCUUCCACUAAACAAACCCAAUCUUUGUGCUAUGCUUCAAGCGCUGAGAACAUAGCUCGUUUGCUGAAAGGGUGGAUGAAAAACCCACCAAAGUCCUCUUGCACUAACUCAGUUGUGACUCAGAAUUCCUUCAACAACAUAGCUGCCGGAGGGACUGAUACUGCUUCAAGUGAAGGAAGCCCAAAGGGAAGCAGUGCUGAAUUGUCAGAGACUUUUGAAUCCUUGUUUGGUUUUGAGUCUUUGGAGUCUUCAACUUCUGAGUUUUCACAAUCCUUGUCACCUGAGGCUACUGUUUUACAAGAUGAAAGCAAGCCUGAUAUUGGUGCAGAAAUGCCAUUCUCUUUGCUUGAAAAAUGGCUUCUAGAUGAUGCUGGUUGCCAAGAGAAAGUUACAUGUGGUGGUGAUCCCCCAGUUUUUCUACAUUAGUUUCAACUUGUGACAUAUGGGACUAGCUAGGCCUCAUCUAUCAAUCUUACUAGUAAACUAGUUAACAUCAUUAUCAUACUCUUAAUAUGCCUCACUUGGAAAUGUAUGUAAAGUUCUUGUGAUGAGAUCUUGCUUUUUGAUUUAAUUGUUUCAUUCUUCUUCCUAGUAAUUGAAGUUUCAAUUGUCCAA